AUGCGCGAUGCAUUGUCGCAGAUCUUUCGGUUCAUGAAGCAGGGGCAAAUGCUUAACAGGCUUUCAGUUGGCGCGCUGUGCUUCACCGUAUGGGAUGUACUCAUCACCCUCGAGGAAGAGGUCGAGAGUAUAUGGGCGUUGCCAUGGAGAAAUCCGACCAAAUGGCUAUAUUUCGUAUCGCGCUACGGAGCCUUGGCUGCGCAGUCUGUACUUAUCGAGACCGGAAUGCUAAGCGAUUCGACGGUUGUUGCGCACACCCAGUGCCGCGUCUGGUUCACGUUUAGGAUUUGUGCGAUACCUAUCAUCACGGUGGUCGUGCAGCUGCUGCUCGUGUUUCGAGUGUUGGCCCUGUAUGAUCGCAGCUACUCUAUCAGGGCACUCGUAGUCGUUAUAUGGGCUAUAUCUACUUUGUUCGGCAUCAUAGAAGCUUCUGUUCACGUAACGCGUCUGGGCAUUGAUGGUAUAUGCUCGCCGGAAUCGACCCCUAUCCCCAAUCGGGCAGGGAGGAUUGACAACACGAGAGAGAUGUUCAUUGUAUUGGCGGCGUUGCCUAUUCCUCUACAUGUCGUGUUGUUCGCGCUCACCGUCGUGAGAUUCUCUGACGGGGUACGGCAAGGCUGGGGGCGUACCCCUAUAGUGCGCCUGAUUGUGCGCGACGGCAUAUGGGCGUUCUUCGUCACAUUGGUGUGCUCCAUCGUCACGCUACGCGCGUCCCUCGUCCAGUCCGUCACGCAUUUCUGUUCCCUAUCUGCGUACAAUUGGGCGCUAGCGUUGACGUCCAUGUCUGGGUCCAGGCUCGUGCUCAACAUGCAGUCUCUGCCGUCCGUAACAGACGAUAGCGGCGGGCUGCCGCUGCAAUCGUUGGCGAAGACGGAGUCGUCGGGCCCGGUACUCACGUCUCAGAUAAUGGCCGACCCGGAGUGGACGUGCGAGAUGCGGACGUUCCACUCGACGAGAGGCGAUCGCGGCGCAGCAUACGAUUCACACGAUUGA